ACUAUAUAAACUCUCUUAUUCUCAAUCGAUGCGCUCCCCACAAACCCUACCUUCGAUUUCCCUAAAAUCGGCGAUUCUGAACAAAACCAGCAAAAAUGCAGAUCUUCGUGAAAACCCUAACGGGUAAGACGAUCACCCUUGAGGUGGAGUCCUCGGACACCAUCGACAACGUGAAGGCCAAGAUUCAAGACAAAGAGGGCAUUCCACCGGAUCAGCAGCGCCUCAUAUUCGCCGGAAAACAGCUCGAGGACGGCCGAACCCUAGCGGACUACAACAUCCAGAAGGAGUCGACCCUCCACCUUGUGCUUCGCCUCAGGGGUGGUGCAAAGAAGAGGAAGAAGAAGACCUACACCAAACCCAAGAAGAUCAAGCACAAGAAGAAGAAGGUCAAGCUCGCCGUGUUGCAGUUCUACAAGGUGGAUGACACCGGGAAGGUCCAGAGGCUCAGGAAGGAGUGUCCCAACGCCGAGUGCGGUGCUGGAACGUUCAUGGCCAACCAUUUCGAUCGGCACUACUGUGGAAAGUGUGGCUUGACCUACGUUUAUCAGAAGGCUGGUGGUGAUUAGAGUCUCUUGCUUGAGUCAAUUUUAUGCUUAUGAAUUGCUAGUUAACUUUUUUUGUUUAAGUACUAAAGGUUCUUGAAUUGUGUUUCAAUUUGGAUUUCAAUGCCUGAAUUUGAAUUACUUUAGCUGCUUAUAUGAGUUUUUAUUUGCAAUAUUGAUCUGGGUUUUGAUAAAUGAUAAUAUAUUUAUGCUGGUUUUAUCUA